AUGAAGUUCGCUCUGCUACUGAGCUUCGCUGCCGCGUUGGCGGUCGUCGCCGCCCUUCCUGCCGCAGGGACAGCGCCCGACGCCACUCCUGCAGGCGCUGCCCCUAACUCUGUAGACGCAGCUUCUGGCUCGGCGCCGGCAGCCGCCUCCGCCCCUGCGGCUGCACCUGCGGCUGCACCUGUUGCCUCGGCAGCUUCAGCCGCACCACCUGCUCCAGCGGCUGGUGCAGCUGCAAGUGCUGCUGCUCCUGCCCCAGCAGCAGCAGCCGCGGCUGCGCCUGCUCCUGGUCCCUUGGCGGUUGCUCCUCCCACCUUGCCCCCAGCGGUGGCCCAUAUCGUCAAGAAGUACCAGGCCGCGGCUGCGGCUCUCAAGCCCCCUGUGCCGGCGCCCGUAGGAGCACGAAUAUGA